AACCAUAUUUAAAAUAAAAUAUUUGGUAGAUAUAGAUUUUUUUCGCGCCGGCGCGAAAGUUGCAUCUAGAUAAAAUCGCCGUGGUGUGUGAAUAGGAUUUUACAAUUAUGAUUAACGUAUCAAUGUUUUAAUUGUUUACCAUGGUGCUGAUCCAGUGAUUUACAUUUACAAAAUAUAUUUGGAUUUUGUUGACAAGGAAUGAAACUUGUGUCUCAUUUUGAUUUAAUAGUGUAGUGAAAUGGUUUAAAAACGUAACCCAUAAUUAUAUUCAAAUUGAAUUGAUUUUUUGAGUGCAAAAAAUGGCAUCGAUCGUAUUGAAAAGCUUGUCAGUACUUUUGGGAAUCUUUUUUAUUUUUGUUGGCAUAACCAAGCUAACACCUUUAAUUUCAAAAGAAUUACAUAAAGAUCUGAGAAAGGAGUAUGUGAGGUACGCUAAGGUAUUCCCGUUCACAGAAAUGUUGGAUUUCAAACUACCCUCCAAAUACUACCGCCGCACCGUCGGCGGGCUCGAGAUACUGUUCGGACUAGCCUUGGCUAUAAUACCGAGCCAUAAAAUCAAGAACACGGCGAACGUGGGUCUGGUGUUGUUGAUGAUACUGGCGGCGUACUCCCACGUGAUGGUGGGCGACCCAUUCGACCGAUGCGCCCCGGCUCUUGUCUUCUUCUUCAUGCUCACAGGAAGACUCGUUGUUUGGUACCAAACCAGCCGACGAGAGGAAAUGGAAAAGGCGGCGACCACACAGAAUGGGAACGGCCUCAAGAGAGACUAAAUUCUAAAACCAUUAUAAGGAUGCGGACACACUCUCCUAAAAACAUUAUUAAAUUAGUAUAACCUCAUUGGAAUCUUCAUAAGAUAAUGCAGAAGAAUGGAUUGCUUAAUUUUUUAAUAAAUUUACUGUGAUUUUUAUUGCUAGUCAAAACUUUUUUUUUUUAAUAGAUUAAUUUCUCUGAAACCUCGAGUAAUGAUUAUUUAUUAUUAUAAUUAAAAACUGAAAAAAAAUCCAGUUAACAAAGAACAAUCGUACCUAAAAGUGAUAUUAAUUUAAGUAACAUUUAGUCAUUACGGGAGUGCGAGUGUCGUGUGAGAGUAGAGUUAUGUAGAGGAUAAUGAAUUGCACGUUAUUAUUAUAUAUAGAAAACAUUGCUCAAUACAUAUAUUCGAUAGCAACAGAAUGCAACUUCGAAUUCGUUACAACACGAAUAAUGCUGCGCUAGCGACAAUAGAACCCGCCAACACUACUGGUCGACUUGACAACUCGACAUUCAACCAAUAUAACACACACACACACACACACAAAUAAAUUAACACGCACACAACUAGAUUUUUAAAAGCACACUCGGUGUUGUCUUGUCCCGCGUUAACAAAUAAGCUUCAUUUAUUAGACACUAGCCAUUAGCGUGAAGUAAUUAAUUAUAUCAUAUACUAGGGAAUUGUUUUAUAUUGUGUCGUGUUUGAAAUAAUGAUUUAUGAAUAAAUGGUAAAAAUAGUCGA